AUGGAUGAUCAAGCAACUGGAGCGGCAUCGUUGGUCCCAUCUAUCGGGCGAACCACGGUUCGAGGCUGUCCCACUGACCUGACAGCAUCCAGUGCCUGUGGUGAGGCGUCCCAUGGUCCUGUUCGCCCGGCCGUGCAACGCGCAGUGGAACGCACACGCGGCGGUCGAUGCCGUGUUCACAGGCCCAAACACCAGACUGCGUGUCGUGUGUUGCACGUCACGCAGCGGCCCUGGCAGUCUCGGGCAGCGGUUUGUGGCAGUCCACGAUGCGGUCCCAGGCCUCAGGCUUCUCUUGGGGCUCUGGCGGCUCUGAGUGGCGGCUCGGCAGCCGCGGGGACAGACGUCGAUUGCCAGCACGCUCCCGAUGCCGUGAUCCUGGCCCAGCUGCCUGAUGGAAAAUCCGCCGCCAUCGAGCUGUGCUGCCGGACCUAUCACGCCGGGCCUCUCUUCAUUCUCUCGCCAUCGCCGAUGCGCUUGCGCCUGACCGAGCAGCCGUCGCCAAACAAUGCCAGAAUCGACGACGCCCUUUCCACCGCCGCGAGUCUUGUCGUCGUUGACUGCUACUACAUCCACAUCAUAUAUGCGUGCCACAGUCCCGGACCACUGCUCACGACACUCUAUCCGCACUAUAUCGACCAGACGCUUGCACGUUGCAAACGCUUGCAAAUUGGCGACAGCUGCUUACUAGGUCGACGCCCUGUGCCUUCUCCACACCACAUAAAGGCCUCGUUACGCUCGUCGUGACGCUUGAAGACCAAAUUGCAGAUCCUGUGGCGUUUCGGAAUACUGUACACUCCACCCGCAGUUCGCACCACCCCUUGAUCCCCAUCUCACCAACCCAAAUUAAGUUAUCUAGCCUCAUC